AGUGGUCAUGGGAUUAAUUUCUGCAUCAUUGGCUACAGUCCUCGGCUGUGGUUACCACACGAGGCAUUAUAUAGGCAGGGUCUCUCCUCGUCAUCAAGUGAGAGAUCAGUCAACCUCUGUGUCUCAGCAGCAGCAACUUGCUUUCUAUAGCUGUGAUGGCUUUCGAGGAUGCUAGACAUUCCCUGCUGGAUUCAGGGGAAGGAAACCCAAAGCCGGAGGUGAAUGUCAAAUCUUGGCCAUGGCUUGCUGCCUGUCUUGGAGUGUUGCUUCUGUUCCCCCACCGGCUGGACACUACCCUAGUCACCUCAACGUACGGAUUUUACCGGAAGUAUUACAUGGAUGACAAGAUCAUAACCGAUCCUUCAACAGUAGUAGGCAGCCUCUAUGAUGUCAACUCGCUUUUGCGAUGUGCGAUGAGAUGCAUGACACAGGAGCAGUGCCACACCUUCUUCUUCGUCAGUCAGGAAUCUUUCUGUCAGCUUCAUUCUGUUCUCUUCCUGGGCGCCGACGAGGGUACAACAAAGAUCAGCAGCACUUACUGGCAGCUGACACAAGAAGCCUGCCCUUACAGUCAGGGCUUUAUCUUAUAUCGGCCUUUGGGGCUGUGUUAUCAAUACCACUUCCAGAAGGAGCACUGGGCAACCGCCAACGCCACCUGUUCCAAUCAGGGAACAAUGCUCUUGAAGGUUGAUACUGAAAGCAAGUUCCAACACAUGUACGCAUUUCUCCGAAACUCCUCAGCCACGCGACUGGAGCACGUGUCUGUCGGUGCCUCCAGGGUGAGUGGCACCUGGCGGUGGCAGGACGGAACUGACGUCACCUGGUUCCGCUGGGGGUCCGGCGAGCCGAGCAGUUCCACUGAGCAGUGCCUGACCAUGGCGUGGUUCUACUUCUUCCAGUGGAACGACGUGCCUUGCGACGUGGACCCCAACGCCUUCUACAAUUUUAUCUGCCAGAAACUUGUUUAGAAAUCGUCAGUCUCUGAGUAGAAAGUACAUG